UAGGUGAUCUGAGCUUCACGGGGCAAAAAGGCUCUGAGCAGCUUGCUCUGAGUGUCCCUCUACUUCCAGAUGCAGGCAAACAAGUGAAGAGUGAAGUCACACUUUAGAGAGCAGCGAAGACCAUCUUGCCAUGAAACCAUUCACAGAUGAAGAUGUAGAAAUCUACAUCCAGAGCAAGGUGGAACCACGACAUUAUCUGGUUUCCAAAACAGUGGAGGAGGUGCAGAAAAUCAUCCAGCAACUGACCACAGAAAUCAGCUAUAAGGCCACACGAUUCCAGGCUAUCUCCAACUCUGGCAUUCACAAUGAGAAUAUUAAGGUCUUAGCACCCAGCCAAUUCCUCAUCACAGUUCCUCUGCGCGGCCUGACCGGGUACAGGGAAUGCCAAGUGCAGCACUGGCGUUAUUACACCGUGCACGGAGCCAAGCUCCUCUCCUCCGUGCGGGACCCCGAGGAACUGCAUCAAUGGCUAGAGCUGGAGCAGUUCUCAAAAAGCCUUCAGCAGUGGCAUGAAACAGACGUAAACAUCGAAGGCGAUCUGGUUCCAGCCAAAGUCCUCGUCGUCUUCCGGGAGCUGGUGGAGAAGUCGAUUAUCUCCUGUAACCUCUCCAGCAAAGUGACAGUGCUGGAGAGCUUCAGCUCAGUGGUCCGGGUAGCUGUGGAGACGUCAGAAUCCCAGGUGGAGGUGGAGCUGGUCCCUACUGUGGAGAUCCCGACUUGCUGGCCUGAGAAAGCCCGGUGGCCUCGCUGCCUUAAGCGUUGGCCUUCCCAGGAAAAAGUGCAGUGCAUCAAGUCACUUGGAUUUGACCUUUUGGCCCGCUCCAAUUAUCACUGGCAGCUGUGCUUCGCCCGUGCUGAGCAUAUGCUCAUGGAAGGCCUCGAUGAAGAUGGUGGUUGUCGCAUGAAGUGCUUCAGGGUCAUGAGGCAGAUGAAGGAAGAUGUCUGGUGUGCUGGAAAUAAGCCUAUCAUCACUGCUUAUCACCUUCAGACAGUGCUAUUCUGGACGUGUGAAAAAUACCCACGCACCAAGGAUUGGCGCUGCUUCCGCGAAGCCUUCCUGAGACUGGUGCAGAAGCUGCACAAGUGCGUAAGCCAGCACUUCCUCAAGCAUUACUUUGUCAAGAACACCAAUCUGCUCAAAUACGCUAACACCAGUGACCUGGACGUGGUGGCCAGCAAGCUCGCAGUCUUCUUGGAGAACCCUGUCUUCUGCCUGGACUGAGGCAGGGGAAGGCCUCCUUGCCCCAACUUUGAGCUGUUCCCCCACCUCUUCUCCCCGCUGGUUGUUCUUCGUGUGUCCUUCCAGUAGACGUUGCAGCUGGCUUUCUAAGACAGUUGGCACAUGCAGCAUGAAAGAGAUGUGGCAAGCUGGCAGCGGUGGGCGGUGAAAAAUGAUGGAGGUAUCGCUUGAUGCCCAGCCGAUCUAGCUCACUUUCAGCAGUGACAACCUUCCUGGAAGCUACAGCCCGUGAAACCCAGUUCUGUGUCAGUCAGAGCAGGCAACUGCCUUGUUCUCUGCCUCCAGUCUUGUGGCAUGCAAGCAGAAAGGCGUUGCGAAGACGUCUCACCCUGCUGCCUCCCCGCUGUGUAACCUAGCACAUGGGUGGCGGCUGCCUCCCUCGUUCUCACAAGGACGCUGUGCUUAAUUCCCUGCCAAGCUCACAGGCCAGCUCUUCAGAAGAGCAGAGGAACAUGAUUUCUGAGGUGUAUUGAAGUUGGAAGCUUCCUCUGAGACAGUCUGUGAUGCCUCCAUCUACAGUUAAAUGGGAUCCUGCUCCAGUACAAAGAUAACCACGCUAGUAGCCUUGAAUAGCUCAAGGGAAGCAAGAGGAGGAAUGUUGGUUUUUGCUGCCGCCUCAUUUUUUUCUCCUCCACCUCCAUUUUUCCUCUCAUACUUCAAAUAUAUUUUCUUCAUGU